AUGUAUCUUAAGAUGUUAGUUUAUUUUGUAAUAAAAAAUGGAAAUCAUAUCAUUAUUUUUGAUAUUUUAAUUCCAAGACAUAAUAACAAAAAUAAUUAUUCAAGAUUUAAUUUUUUCAAGUUGGUUCUAAAANUCAUUUAUAAGCAAAUCCACAAGAAGUCUUAUUAGGAGGAUUUGUUACAACCAAAAAUUUAUCAUUAGACAUAGGUGUUGCUUAUCUUUCAACUGAAUUUAGUAAAAAGGAGAAUGGAUUCAAUGCUACUGCAGUAUUAGGUUAACCUAUAAUUCUUAAAAUUAAUCCAACAUUAAAUACUAAUAAGAUAGAAAUGAAAGUACUUUCACUAAAAUAGCUAGGCUUUUAAAUUGAAUCAAUCCUUAAAGCACUACGCAGCAGUGGCAUCCUUUAAUACAAUGCCAAUAAAGAUUUCAUUUUCAGAUGAAAAUUUAUUAUAAGCUUGGCCAUUUUUAGCACCUAAUUUAUAAUAAAAGGAUUUCAAAAUUGUAAAUACAUCAAAUCCAUCAUAACUAGUCUAAGAAAAUAUCAAAAAUAUAGAAAAAAUACUUUCUUAUUUAGAAAAAGUUAUUGUAAGAAAAUCUAUAAUCUUAGGCUGGAAAUGAACCUGGUGAUUAAGAAUUUGGUAGAAAACUCUUAUCUACAUUGAAUCAAAUAGAUUUGAUAAGAAGUGAGUCAGAAGUUGUAUUUAGUCAAGUUGAGGAAGCAUAAUUAUUUUAAUACAUUGGAAAUUUUGCUUAAGGUUAAGCAUUUAUUAAUGAAAAAUUGUAAAAAAUAUGA